AUGCCGAGAAGAAGAUUCCUUCCUUGUGGCACAAAGAAACUAGCAGAAAAUGAGGCUCAAGAUACCAUUCCUGGCCGAGAGCUUCUAGAGGCUUUGGCAAGCUUGCGCUACAACCCUGUGUACAGUGAUCUGACCAUUCUAUGUGGUCAGGAAUCUUAUCCUGUUCAUAAAUGUAUAGUCUGUACACGGUCGGAGUUUUUUGCUAGAGCAUGCAAUGGAAAGUUCAAAGAGGCCUCUACGUCUGAGGUUAAUCUAGAUGAAGAACCGGCCUUGGUGAAGCAGAUGGUUGAAUAUUUCUAUACCCUGGAAUAUCAGGUUAAUACUCAGUUCCAAGCACCUGAUGGCCAUAACUUUGAUCAAGGGAACAUCACCAGUCCCCCUAGGUGGGAAGGCACAGAGACUCCACUCACCCAAGCAGGAAACGUGGAACUUGCUGAAUCAAAUCAAGUCUGCGACGUGCCUGAAGAGCAAGCACGAUUCUCAGAUCCCCUUUCCUUUCAUAUCUUGAUGUAUUCCCUUGCGGAUCGUCUCCUUAUACAUGGACUGAAAGCUCUCUCCAAAGAAAAUGUUGGACAUGAAUUAAUUCAACGAUUGGAUGCGCAAUCGUUCCCACAGGCGAUCGUCGAGAUCUAUAACUCCACGCCUGAAAAUGACCGAGGUCUGCGAGAUCUGGCGGUUGAAGUCACCAUGGACCACUUGAGUGCACUAAGGAAAGCGAAGGGAACGGCGGCUGCAGCCCUUCAAGACAAUCUUUUAAGAUCGGUACCUCAAUUUUCAUACGACCUAGUCGUUGCCAUGAUGAACAAGUCCGUAUCCAUGGAAUCUAGGUGGGACAUGUAA